AUGCUGCCUUCUGCACAGCUGGGUUUCCACCUGCAACCUCUUCUGGAGCAGCUCCACCAGGACGAGUUGAGCAAGUUCAAAGCUCUGCUGAGGACCCUUUCUCUGAAAGAUGAGUUCCAGCACAUCUCCCUGACGGAGGUAGAGGAGGCUGACGGGAAGCAACUGGCAGAGAUUCUCACCAACCGCUGUCCCAGCUGUUGGGUGGAGACAGUGACCAUCCAGGUCUUUGACAAGAUGAACCGAACAGAUCUGUCUGAGAGAGCAAAGGAUGAAUUCAGGGGUAAGCAGAAACAAGCCCACACACUCUCUCCUGUCUGUCCCCUACCUCGUAUCCCUGAAGGUAAACAAGAUAAAUACAGAAACACAUUGAAGAAGAAGUUCGGGCAAAUCGGGAAGAACUUACGGCCGGGACCCAGUGAAAAUGUCCACAUUGCCCCGCAGAGAUGUGAGGCCCUGAUCCCAUUCUGUAAUCCUAAGAUGCUCGCAGGGCCAUUUCCACACACGGCGGUGCUGCAGGGUCCCGCGGGCGCCGGCAGGACCACGCCGGCAGAGCGGCCGACGUCCCUGAAUGAUCAACAUAUUCUUCCUUUCUGGGUGGACCUUUGUUCCGUGUUUGACUCAAACAGGAAUCUGACAUUUCUGGACAUCAGUCAGAGCUUCCUUAGUACCUCAUCAGUGAGGGUUCUUUGUGAAAAAAUAGCCUCUGCUGCCUCAAGUCUCCAGAAAGUGAUCCUCAAAAAUCUCUCCCCAGCUGACGCUUACCGGAACAUCUGCCUCGCUUUGGGAGGUCUUGAGACUCUAACACAUCUGACCUUUCAAGGAAAUGACCAGGACGAUCUGCUUCCCCCGUUGUGUGAGGUCUUGAGGCACCCAAAAUGCAAUCUGCAAUAUCUCAGGCUGGCAUCGUGUUCUGCCACCACUGAGCAAUGGGCCACUCUCUCCUCCUGCCUCAAAAUCAGUCAGUCCCUCACAUGCUUGAACCUCACAGCAAACGAGUUCCCAGGUGAGGCUGCCAAGGGCCUGUGCAGGACGCUGAGCCACCCGAAGUGCUUCCUGCAGAGGCUGUCGUUGGAAAACUGUCACCUUACAGAAGCCAAUUGCAAGGAGCUGUCUUCUGCUCUGAUUGUCAGCCAGAGACUGACCCACCUGUGCUUGGCAAAGAAUGCUCUUGGAGAUCGUGGGGUGAAACUCCUGUGUGAAGGCCUGAGUUACCCCGAAUGCCAACUGCAAACCCUGGUGCUGUGGUGCUGCAGCAUAGCCUCUGGUGGCUGCUUUCAUCUCUCGAAGCUCCUCCGACAAAACUCACGACUUACACACUUGGAUCUGGGGCUGAAUCACAUAGGAAUUACUGGACUGAAGUUUCUGUGCGAGUCUUUGAAGAAGCCACUGUGCAACCUGAGAUGUCUGUGGUUGUGGGGAUGUGCCAUCUCCCCCGUCUGCUGUGCGGACCUCUCAUCUGCCCUUCAAAGCAAUCAGAACCUGAUCACUCUGGACCUGGGCCAGAAUUUCUUGGGCUACAGUGGGAUAAAGAUGCUGUGUGAUGCCCUGAAACUUCAAAGUUGCCCCCUCCGGACAGUCAGAUUGAAGAUAGAUGAGUCUGUCUUUCGAAUUCGGAAGCUGCUAGAAGAAAUAAAGGAAAGCAACCCACAGCUGACUAUUGAGAGUGAUCAUCAAGGUCCAAAACAUAGCAGACCUUCUUCUCGUGACUUCAUUUUCUGAAUCUCCCUGGAGUUACUGAUUCUCCAAUAAAGUCCUGGAUCGUCAAAGUGAUGGUGAACUUCCCAGGAGCCCUCUCAGUGAUGUUAGUUGCUGGGCCAAAUAUUAUUUCAGCCACGGUUGUGCCUCUGACUUGCAUAAAAUGUACACACAUCACAACUCUAUUGUGGGUGAAAUGUCUAUAUCUUGGGUAUAUCAAGAGAAAUAAAGGUGAAAGCAUGCA